AGAGCGCAGUGAUCCCAGAGCGCUUUUCUCAUGUUAAUGCGGACAGUUUGGCACGCAGGGAGCCGUGACGUCCAGGAGAGUGCUGGAAAUACUCUCUUUUGGACCUAUUUUACUGAAGCUUUGACUUUGAACGUUCACUCAUCAAACGUUACAUCUUUAGCCGUUAUCUGAAGACUAAUGGUUUCAUUGGAGUUUCUGGGCAGAGAUCCAUCUUUGCAGACUGCCACUCGGACCGGUGGAGCGCGUCUUGUGCGAUACGACUGCACUGAGACGCACUCCAAGUGGGGCCGAGUACAAGAGGAAUACUAGUCAAUAUUUGACCAGACAGGACAGAAGAAGGGAGCAAGACAAGGAUUGAAAGUGUUGGAAAAGAAAGUUAGUUGUUGAAUCGGACAACAAUCUCAGACUUGUGAACUUUGGAAAAAAGUGGACUUUUACUAACUCACCCCAGGUGGACACCAUUUUAUCUCCGAUGCCCGCCUAGAGCCACAGCAAGAAGGAACGGAUUAAGUGGUUUUCUUCAUUUGUCAGACCUUUGGACCUGUCGGAUUGGGCAAGACUGCCCGAGCACCCAUGAGGAAGGAGAUGGGGAGAUGGACGUUACGUCUCUCGCUGGGGCUGGGGCUUCUCGCGGCCCUGCUGACCAGCUUCUGCUCUGCUGAUGGGAACUACUGCCUGCUGUCCAAGGCCAGCAAUUGCUCGUCAUGCAUUCGCUCCGGCGUGGGCUGUGCCUACUGCUCAGAUGAGACCUUCAAAGCCGCCCGCUGCGACCUGACUGAGAACAUCCGCGCCCAUGGGUGCAGCGCUGCCGGCAUCAUCACCGCCACCAGCAGCAGGAAGAUGGAACUGGCGCAGCGCAUCGAAAAGUCGCGGGCCGAGGCCCAGGUCUACCCCCAGCAGAUGACCAUGAGCUUCCUCCCCGGAGAGGCGAAGGAGCUGGACAUGGAGGUGUUUGCACCGGAGAAGGGCCCUCUGGACCUGUACAUCCUCAUGGACUUCUCCAACUCCAUGAGCGACGAUCUGAAGAGCCUCAAGAGCAUGGGUGCAACGCUGGCCGAGCUGGUGCAGAGUCUGUCCGACGACUACACCAUCGGCUUCGGGAAGUUCGUGGACAAAGUGGUGGAGCCGCAGACGGACAUGAGGCCCGAAAAACUGGCGAAGCCGUGGCCCGACAGCGACCCUCCGUUCUCCUUCAGGAACGUCAUCCCGCUCACCGGCGACGCCGAGUCCUUCAACAGUAAGCUGCAGGGGGAGCGCAUCUCUGGGAACCUGGACGCUCCGGAGGGGGGCUUCGACGCCAUGCUGCAGGCCACCGUGUGCUCGAAUCAGAUCGGCUGGCGUAACCACAGCACCCACCUGCUGGUGUUCUCCACCGAGUCGGCCUUCCACUACGAGAACGACGGCGCCAACGUUCUGUCGGGGAUCCUGCCGCGCAACGACGAGCAGUGCCACCUGGACGCCAGCGGCGGGUACACCCAGGACACGACCCAGGACUACCCCUCGGUGCCCACGCUGGUGCGGCUCAUGGGGGAGCACAACAUCAUCCCCAUCUUCGCUGUCACUGCCCACUCCUACGACUACUACGAGAAACUCCAACAAUACUUCCCCAUCGCCGAGCUGGGGCUUCUGGACGAAGACUCCUCCAACAUCCUCAGCAUCCUGAGAUCGGCCUUCAUUAGUAUCCGCUCCAAGAUGAGCAUCCGGGCGGAGCAGCUUCCCCAGGCCUUCAAGGCGGAGUUCCUGAAGGCCGGUGCGGUGGCCGAGUACGGGGCGUUCAAGGUCAAGCCCGGUCAGAUCGAGAAGUUCAAGGUGCGUCUGCAGGCCCAGAAGAAGGUUGGGGAGCAGCACGUGUGUCAGCUGAAGCCGGACGACAAGGCGGGAGUCACAAGGGUGAAGCCCAGCACCUUCAGCCAGGCGCUCGACAUCAAGACUGAGCUGCUGUGCCCCACCUGCCCCUGUGAAAAUACCCCCUCCCCGGGAGCGGCCCGGUGCAGCACCCACGGAGACCUGGUGUGUGGGAAGUGUCAGUGCUACGAAGGCUGGUUGGGGGCCUACUGCAACUGCUCGGCCAGUGCGUCGUCCCUGGGGGCCGCCCAGUGCCUGGCCCCCGGGGACCAGCUGCCGUGCUCGGGCAACGGGGACUGCCUGUGUGGGACGUGCGUCUGCUUCAACCCGGAGCAACACGACGGGGCCUACUGCCAGUACGACAAGAGCCACUGCGCCCGCUACGGGGGCUUCCUCUGCAACGACCGGGGGUCCUGUUCCCUGGGCCAGUGUGAGUGCGGCCCAGGCUGGGGGGGGGCGGCCUGCGAGUGCCCCAAGGGUAACUCCACCUGUGUGGACCGCAAAGGGGGAAUCUGCAACGGCCGGGGGCAGUGUGUGUGCGGUCAGUGUGAGUGUCAGGGCUCGGGGGUGUCACUGACGUCCACCUGCGAAGCCAAUCUGGAGGCCCAGGUAGCUUUUUGUGAGGCCAAGAGAGCCUGUGUUCAGUGCCAGGCGUGGAAGACGGGAGAGAAUAAGGACAACUGUGAAGCCUGCUCCUUUAAGGUCACCAUGGUGGAUGAACUGAAAGAAAAGGACAAGGUGAUUGACACGUGUGACUUCCGUGACGAGACGGACGACUGUACGUACUACUACACCGUGGACUACCCCGAGGACAAAGCCAACAAGGAGCUCGACGUCCAGGUGCUCAAGAAGAAAGAGUGUCCCCCCCGCGGCUUCCUGUGGCUGAUCCCUCUCAUCAUGUUCCUCAUGCUGCUGCUGGGGCUGCUUAUGCUCUGCUGCUGGAAGUACUGCCGAUGCUGCUGGGGGGCUUGUCUUGCUCUGCUGCCUUGCUGCGGAGCCGGCCGUAAGGUGGGCUUCACUGAGGACGAGUACCUCCUGCGCCAGUCCCAGCUGACCUCGGACCACCUGGACACUCCCAUGGUGCGGACCGGCCCCCCUAAGGGCACAGACGUGGUUCGCUGGAAGGUCCAGGACAACGUCCACCGCGGGGCCCACCACCCCGAGGCCCAGGUCCAACCCAGCCCCAAGGAGACCAUCCAGUUCCCGGUCUCCCUCCGCCUCAACAAGAAGUACUCUGACAACAUGUCCCAACCCGACUCCAUCGACACCGAGCUGCUGCGCAAGGACGUCAACGACAAUUUGAAUGAAGUCUAUAAGCAGAUCCCGGGGGCCCAGAAAGUACAGAAGACCGCAUUCAGAUACCAGAGGAACGCUGGAAGAAGGCAGGACCGUGCGAUCGUGGACACCGUCCUGUCUGCCCCGCGCUCCAGCUACCCCGAAAUCGUCAAACUGACGGAGAAAAACGUCCAGUCUGGAAGAUUCAACGAACUCCGGGUGUUGCCCGGAUACUACACUGUGGCUACAGACAGAGAGGCGUCGGGGGCCAUCGAGUUCCAGGAGGAGGUGGAGACGGUGGACGUCCGCGUGCCGCUCUUCACCAAAGAGGAGGACGACGACAAGAAGCAGCUGAAGGUGGAGGCGGUGGACGUGCCCCUGGGCAUCGCCGCCAUCAAGAAGCGCUUCGUCCACAUCACCAUCAUCAAGGAGCACGCCAAGAGUGUGUUCACGUUCCUCCAGCCGGCCUACUCCUACAGCAGGCAGGAAGGCAUCGCCAAGAUACCCAUCAGGAGGAACAUCAGCGAGGACGGCCGCACGCAGGUCACCUACCGCACGCGGGACCUCACCGCCAGGGACAAACACGACUAUCUCUCCCUGGAAGGGGACCUGAGCUACGCCCCCGGGGAGACAGAGAAGGUGGUCCCGGUCCAGCUGCUGGAGCUGGGCGAGCUCAGCAACCUGCUGGACGAGAAGCAGGUCAAGCAGUUCGUCAUGGAGCUCAGCAACCCGCGGCAGGGGGCCAAGCUGGGGGUGUACCCCACCACCACCGUCACCAUCCUGGACGAACCCGACCCCAGUGUGAUAAUGUUCAAAAAGGUGAACCAGGCGUUCACCGCGACCGAGCCGUCCUACAACAUCCCCGUGGUCCGCACCCGCAACCUGGACGCCCCCGCCACCACCAAGUGGCGCACCAAGAACAAGCUCUUCGACCAGGGCGGGACCCUCAAGUUCGGCCCGGGGCAGACGGAGAAGAACAUCCGCAUCGAGAAGGCGUCCCUGCCGCCAGGCCCCGCCCAGCGGGAGCCCUUCAUGCUGGAGCUGUUGGACCCCAGCCCCAACGCCGUGGUCGGGGAGAGGAAGACCACCAUGGUGCACAUCGGCGACGGAGCUCCCAGGUCUCCAGACGUAGUCACCAUGGGGUCUCUGAACCAGAAGUGCAGCAGUCCUGGGGGCCGUCUGGGGGCCCCCCCGAACGCCAAGGCUAAAUCCACCGGCCCCAAGAAGAUCCAGCUGUCCUGGGACCCCCCGCCGGGGAACCCCAUGGGCUACAAGGUGAAGUACUGGAUCUACGGGGACCCCGAGACGAAGGCUGAGGUGGUGGACGUGACCACCCCGCAGGCGGAGCUCCGCGGUCUGUACCCCAGCUGUGACUACGAGAUGCGGGUGUCUGCCUACAACAUGAUGGGAGAGGGCUUCAACACGGAGGUCAUACCCUGCAAAACACUGGAGGACCUGCCGAGUGAGCCUGGCCGUCUUGCCUUCAACGUCAUCAGUCCGACCGUAACGCAGGUCAGCUGGGCGGAGCCAGCGGAGACCAACGGUGACAUCACAGCCUACGACGUUGUGUACACGCCCAUCGACGACGACAGGAAGCCCGUGGGCCCGGCUAAGACGGUGAAGAUCGAUAACCCUAAGAAGCGCAUGCUGCUGAUUGAGAACCUGCAGCGGGCCCAGACCUACAUGUACAAGGUCCGCGCCAAGAACAGCGUGGGCUGGGGCCCCUACCGCGACGCCACCAUCAACCUGGCCUCCCAGCCCGUCAGGCCCCUCUCCAUCCCCAUCAUCCCAGACAUCCCCAUCGUGGACGCGGAGGCUGGUGACGAGUACGACGGCUACCUGAUGUACAGCAGCGAGGUGCUGCGGUCCCCCUCCGGCUCCAAGACCCCCAGCGUCUCCGGGGAAGGUGACCAGCUGAUCAACGGAAAGUACGAGCAGGGCUUCCUGUUCCCGGGGAGCACGUCGAGGAACGUGUCCUCCUCCUCCUCGCCGAUGUCCACGCUGAGCUACAGGGGUGCGGGGGGCUCCAUGAACACCACCUUGGACAGCACCACCACCACCACCUACCUGAGCGGACAGGAUAAAACAUCCACCACCUACCUGAGCGGACAGGACAAGACAUCCACCACCUACCUGAGCGGACAGGGGAACACCUUCCAGCAAGACUUCAUGAUCGGGGGUAUCGGAGGUCUCGGCGGUCUGGGAGGUCUCGGCGGUCUGGGGGGAGCCGGGGGGAGUUCCACCCGGCAGGUGGUGAUGAGGAAGCACUCUGAGAACCGCGGCUACGCGGACGAGAACAUCCGGGACUCCAUCAUCAUGGGGGACAUCGGAGGCCGCUUCCCAGACCUCGGGGGCUUUGGCUUGGCCGGGACAGAGAGCAGCUUUCAGAGCCAGUACGGCAGCAGCAGCAGCAGCAGCACCUACGGCUUCUCUCAGGCCGCUUCGGCCUCGCGGGCAAGGACCGAGUCGUCGGAUGUCUACGACGCCCUGCAUAACCUCGACCGGGUGCUCCAGGCAGACAGCAGGGGGAACCCGGGGGUGCCCGACACCCCCACCAGGCUGGUGUUCUCCGCCCUGGGUCCCACCGCCCUGCGGGUCAGCUGGCAGGAGCCACACUGCGACCGGGACAUCCUGGGGUACAGCGUCCUCUACCAGCAGCUCAAUGGAGGCGAGGUGAAGCGCAUCAACGUCAGCAGUCCCGGGGACAACUCGGUGGUGGUGCAGGACCUGCUGCCCAACCACUCGUACCUGUUCAAGGUGAAGGCCCAGAGCCAGGAGGGAUGGGGCCCUGAGAGAGAGGGGGUCAUCACCAUCGAGUCUGCCGUGGACCCCCAGAGUCCGCUCAGCCCCAUGCCAGGCUCCCCCUUCACCCUGAGCACGCCCAGCGCACCGGGACCCCUGGUGUUCACGGCCCUCAGCCCCGAGGCGCUGCAGCUGAGCUGGGACAAACCCCGCAAGCCCAACGGGGACAUCCUGGGCUACGUGGUGACCUGCGAGCAGCUGCACGGAGGAGGUGACCUGCGGUCCUUCCAGGUGAGUGGGGACAGCGCCGAGACCAGCCUGACCGUGCCAAACCUCAGCGAGAACAUGCCCUACAAGUUCAAGGUCCAGGCCCGGACCACGCAGGGCUUCGGCCCGGAGAGGGAGGGCAUCAUCACCAUCGAGUCCCAGGACGGAGGCACGAUGUCUCAGUACAGCGGGGGCAGCUCCAUGACCAGGAGGGAGGUGUUCCAGAUGCCCGCUGAAGUCAGCUCGCAUACCAACGUGUCCCACACUAUGUUCACCGAGCCCUACUUUGGCGAGGACAGCGGCGGUGGUGGCGGCAGCAUGAUGAUGACCACGCAGCACAUGGAGACGAGUGGCGUGAUGACCACGGGCAUGGUGACCCGCCAGGUCACCCAGGGGAUGGUGCAGAAGAGCAUGGUGGGCGGCACCACCGUCACCAAGAAGGUGGAGCGCUUCUACGAAUCCUAAGGACCCCCACCCGACGGUACCACCACCACCAACACCACCACCACCACCCCUCCCCCAAACGCACCCAAGGUCCAUAAAAGUUCUGGCCGCCAUCUUGGUUCUUUCCGACCAAAGAUUUUCGAUUCACCAAGCCACCAUUUUGUUUUUAUUCUCGUUAUCAUGUGACGAAGCAUUUAGAUGUAUGCGUUUUAUUUCUUUUUAAGACAACAUUGUUUGGUUUAGUUUUUGUGUUAGUAGGUGAACCUCUGUUACAUCCCCUCUAGCGCUUUAAGGUUUAUUUUUUACAAAGUUAAAAUGCAUUUUGAUGCUCCCACGAGUCCCAGCACAUUCUGUUGCGUUCAAGUUUUGCGUUGAGUGAUGCGUUCAAGUCCGCUCCGCAUCGACGCCUGCCAACGGAUUAUAAGGCUUUAAAUGAGGACAGCCAAUGAUAAUCUGUACAGUUGUUCCAAAAUCCAAAGUGACCUUAUCUCCCCCCUGCUUCCCUCCCCCUGUCUCACAUCCCCAGCCUGUCAUUUGAGAUUGAUACAUGGCUCUACUACACUAGAUGGCUAAACAGGAUUACCACCGGUACUAAUACCCGCUCCUAAAUCUUCCUUGUGCUUAACAUGAUAAUUAGUCAGGAAGAGAAGGGGGUGAUUUUUCUACGAAUGCUAGUGCUAAUUUUACGAACGGUUAGCUUUACUGUGUGCAAGAUGCAUUUCGACUAUUGUAAUUUUAUUGGAUGUAUAUACAGAACUAGCCAGACUUCAUGGUUAAAUGUGGACCCUGUCGUGCCAAUGAAGGCAAACGGGGGAUUUCAUUAUGGUGUUAUGUUACCCAUUAUUGCUCCAAAGUACACAACACUUUGUGUUUAACAUACCAGAAUUGAACAUCUUUUCUUCGUAGUAUCAUACGUACUCGUGGGCACCAUUCUUUAAAGGUUAUACUCAUUAAAAGAUAAAAGGGGUUUUCAUUACUCAAGAUGUGUUUUGCAAUGAGCUGUAUAUUCUUACAAGGAUAGCAAUAUUUUUUCCAUUAGUUGCUUUUGAAAGAUGAGAUCAUGAUAUUUUUAAGAACUAGCAUUUUCAGGCAUUAAGAUUGUGUUUACGUUUUAAUUUGACAUUUUUAUAUGAGGGAACAACUUUUGUAUUUGCACCAAGAAAAAAAACGUGCCAUAGUAUUCCUGCACUUCAGAUAAACUUCUACGAGUUGCUUCAUUAUAACAGCAAAAACCUUUUGGCUUUGUUUGUAUUUUUGUAUCUGGGUAUAUCCACUUUAAUGCACUUAAUAAAGAUUCUAAGUAAACUUC